AUGGAAGCUCAACGUCACCUGAUACGAGUGGCACAUUACUCGGAACAAGAGGUGGCAAUUUCAGCUCACAAAAUUCGAGAAGAAAAGAAAGUUUGCUUCGAUUCAUUUGACAUCCUAGAAGACGAGCUUCACUUUUUUAUUAUUCAGCUCAAGUUUCGGACCAUCACAGAUAUUCCGAAAUUGCUGUUACGUCACGAAAGUCUAAGAGAUUACAUGAGCCCUGAUUCUUCGGAAAACGAAUUGGCUUUGCAUAUCUUGUUUCACGAGCUAAUUGUCGACAAGGAUAUGUUUGGAGUUGAGGAACUCUUGCGUACCAAACAUGCAAACGAAUAG